CCGCGGGUCACUACCACUGUCGCGACGUCAUCAACUCCCACUGCACUGCUGUGAGAACAUCUGACUCCCGAGUCAUGCUGCGGCGACAUGAGCCUUCCUUAGACUGAAGGAGGACGCAUCCGCGGCAGAGCGCCCGGGAGAGAAGUGACCUUUGGCGAGUUUUACACGUCUGUAAAUAAAUCUUCUGCAGUCUGCCGAGUCGUGCUUGUCGCGGUGAAGUGUCGGGUCGAGAUGAUGUGUUGUGGAUGCGCGAGACACUGAUAAUGCGGCGAGGUACGUGAUAGUGGCCAGUGACAGAAUAAGCACUGACAAAGCUGCACGCGGAAAACUUGUGCUUUGAUUUCACUGAUUAUGCAAGUGACGCCCGGUGAAACUAACCCGUCAUAACAUGCGGAUGUGAGAGUGGAGAGGACCAUGUCCCGACUUGCUGCAUGGCACGCCUCCUCCCGCGUUUCCUGCAUGGCUGCCACGUGCCCCCUGCUCCUCCUCACACGCCAAACGCUGUUGACAACAUUUGCUCUUGUUAGCUCGCCUCUGUGGCCGCGACUUGGCCGGGACGCAGCGCCCCAUCUGUCAUGGUAGUUUAGAGACAUUUUCGGUGUGACGCCCCCGCCGUUUUACUGAGUGAUGUGCUCGUGUUGCUGUGAUGGUGUGUGAUGUGUAGUUCCUCUGUGGCGAUCUAGAGACACCAUACUGUUGAUGUUCAGUGCAGCUGACAGGAGGCAUCAGCUCGCUAGUGAUGUGAGAGGAAAUAUGCAGCAAGAGCUCACACAGUGUGGCAGUGAGUGAGUCGCUCCAGAUGGAAAUCAGAGUCAGGAAGGUCAAGAGAGUGACACCCGCAUAUCAUCCUCGCGUCAGAAAUAGGAGUGCGGAGACCAGGGUUAUCCCGGCGGUCCGCAAGGUUAUGUGAGGCUCCUGUGGGAGUGCUGGGCCUCCUGGUCGGAACAGCUCCGCCACAGCACCAGCCUCAGUCAGACCCCCGCCAGACAGACACGGGCCGGGCCACCUGAGCGUGCGAGCGAGCGAAGAAGGCAGACGAGGCGGCCCGCGGCGCAGCUCGAGGGGCGAGAGCCUUCAGGCACCGCUCUUCCAGGACUCGACUCGUCGCGCCGUUUCCUGGAGCCUGUGCGAACAACCCGCGAGUGUCAGUGUGUGUGUCGGGUGCUGUGGACAACACCAUCGCCGCCGCCCCCUCCUCCUCCUCCUCCUCCUCUCUCUCUCCUCCUCUUCCUCCUCCUUCUACUGGUCCUCCUCCUCCUGCCUUCUUGGAAAGCAUUUAUGCACCGUGCGGUCGGGAGCGCACGGAAGACUAUGGUAGAACAGCGCCAUGGCGGAGACGGGAGUGUGUGCGUCGACCGUAGCGCGCGUCGCGGCUUCGUCCAGGUGAGGUGUGCUUAUGUCACCUGAGCGAGGUGGCCAGCGGGUCGCAGUGUACACAGGGCUGGCAGCAAGUGAUCUUCGAAGACCCCACCCGGCCCACCCACCCACCCAUCCUUCCCCCGCCCUCUCUUGCCCUCUCCCCCCUCCUCCCCGCCCCCCGCGCCCCUUUCUGGUGGGGUCAAAGCGCCAGGCGAGAUGAUCAGCGUCGGAUGCGGCUGAGACGUCCGAAGCAGUCCAGUGAACCGCUUGGCCGUCGGAGAACAAACAACAGCCGAUGAACCUUUGGAAGCCGGCCGCCCGCAAGUCAAAAAAAGUCAGCAGCGGCGCGAGCGAAGAGGCCGCGUGGGCGGGGCUGCCGGACGUGGUGGCUGACCUCUCGUUGGCCACGCCCCCCGCCCCCCCUGCGCCGACCACCAUGCUGGGCGCCCGCGACCAUCACUACGUCGACAUGGGCGAAGCUCGCGCCCGGCGCCGGGACGCCCGCCCCCCUCCACCGCCCGUGACGCCGCAGGGCCUGGGCGCCGCGCCCGCGAUGGGAGCGGGCACGAACGGCGGCGGCGGGUGGCGGCACACGCCCUCGCACCCCUGGCCGUCGCCCCCGCCCGUCGAGCCCACUGGGGCCGGCAUGGGCGGCUCCGGUAUGGGCGUGUGUGGUGGCUCGUCGGGCGUGUCUGACGCCGAGGGCGCGCGCGUCAGGAGCAUUUCGAGCGACGGCCGCGGACCGCCCGGCGCCGCAGGCGACCGCCGCGUCCGCUGCUCGUCCGCCACGCGCUCGCGCCAGCACCGCCCACGCCCCCCGCCCGCCGACCGCCCCCCCGGCGGUGCCAGCGUGCCCUCUUCUGCGUCCCUUCCUCCUGCGGGCGGCGGCCACGGCGGCCAGCAGUCGUAUGGUUCCAGCGUCGCCUCCGCCCAACCCGGAGCCGGCGUGGGCGCGGUGGGCGGCGUGCUGGCCCGCCUCGCCGGCUGCCACGAGGGCCUGGAUGGGCGCGAGCCGGAGGGCGGCGCCUACGGGUACCAGGUGCGCGAUCUCGAGGCUCUCCUGACGCGGGCGUCGCCGGCGCGCCCCGCCAACCUGCCCAUGGUGCUGGCGUCGGCGACGCGCCUGCACAACAUGCGGCGCACGGCCGAGCCGCGCCCGCACAACCAGCCGCCCGUGCGCCCCUUCCUGCCGCUCGGCAUCAUCGUCAACGCCGUGUUCAAGACGCGCGACUGGCUGUACGUGCGGACGGCGCACGGCGCGGAGGGCUACGUGCCGUACCGGGUGUGUUUGCCGCUGGGCAUCCUGCCGCCCCCCCGCGAGGGCGGCGCGGCGCCAUCGGGGACGGCUGACGUGCCCGGCGUGGGCGUGUGGGAGAACCGGACGGACAUGUUUCAGGGUGCGAUGAGCCAGUUCUCGGCGGCGCCCGCAGUGGCCAGUGGCGCGAUGGGCGGAGUGAACGCGGAGGGCGGCGGCGGGCAAACACGCGGGCGGUCACGCGGCCGCCGACGCGCGCCCUGCGUGGAUUCGUCGAACCAGACGGACACCCAGAAGCUACAGCCGGGCGCCCGCAGCGCGUCCGAGUCACGGGCGCCACGCGAGACGCUCGACUCGCCGCCCGCCGCCGACCACGUGCUCGUGUAGAGGCUCGGGGGCAGGGCGGCGGCCACCGUGACGCUCCGUCGGCGAGAGAUGGGCUUUCUCUGGGUCAGUAACGAAGGUCGCUGAAGGCUGUGUGUGUGCGUGUUUUUGCCUCAUGACGUGCUUCCUCCUCCUCUUGGCCCUCUCUCUCUCGCUCUCGCCCUUGGAAGGUCUAGUGCUUGUGCCGUUUCAUAUUUAAGAGAUGCUGCGUAUAUGUGUGCAAAUAUGUGUAUGUGGAGAGAGAGAGAGAGAGAAAGAGAGAGAGAGAGAGUGAAAGAGAGAGAGAGAGGGAGAGAGAGAGAGAGAGAG